UACAAUAAUAUUCGUGUAGUGUGUUUGUGUGUGACUUCUCUCUCGGUUGUGAUGCUGUAAUUCGUGCUAAUAUACGUUGACAUGGAAGUGGAGGUGUUGUUCCCGUACGAGCCCCAGCACGAGGACGAGCUGCGGCUGACGGUCGGGGACAGGAUCACGGGGGUGACGCCCCUGGAGAGCGGCUGGUACAAGGGCACGCUGAAGGAGGUCACGGGGGUGUUUCCGGAUAACUUCGUCAAGG